CUUUCUUCUCCAUGCCAGUUUUCCCUCAUCCACUUUAUCAAUGUUUGUAUCAUGAACCUUACAUAGUUCUUCCUGAAGAAGCUACUGCCAUCAUUCUUUUAUUACCACCCAUUGACUCCUUACCAGAUAAAGAGCAAUUAGAUAAUGACUUUUUAGCAAGUCAUAUUUUACCUAUUAUUCCGGCUGAUAUUCAUUGGCCAAAACCUCGUUCCUCAUUAUCUGCUUCAUCGGUUUUAUCAAGAAUUACUUCACCAAGAAUAGAACCUUCUCAUCGAUUUCAAAAAGCAUUACCAUCUAAACCAAGAUCUCAGAGUUUAAUCGGUCAACAACAUCCUACAGAUAUUCUACCUGCACAACAACAAACUGUCACCAAUGAUACAAUCAAGAAGAAAAAAUUUACAACUCUCAACGAUAAAAUAUUAUAUACUGGUAACAACAAAGUAACUACCGACAUUGGUUUUCCAACUACUGUUAGAGCAACCAUGAUAAAAACUCAUCAAACAACUAUACAACUUGGUAAUAUUCGAACAUAUUCGUCACCAAUCAUACAACACCAACGUAUAAACAACCACCCAUCUUCAACAACAAAAACAGAAGCGGCCAUAGUGCCUUUAUUGUUAAUUUAUCUGGACCGUCCCAUCUUGGUAAAACAUGCAUCCAACUUUAUACCCAACAAGAAGCAAACAAUUUUUCAAGAAUUGUUAGACGGCGUGGAUGAUCAAGUUUUUCCAACUUUGGCAAAAAUGGUUCAGGAUGCUUCUGAUGAGGCUAUUCAUACUGAUCAAUUAGAUACUCUUCAUGCUACUAUAGAAACUUUGGUACAAAAUGGAUUAAAGGUCUUACAUAACAUGACAAUUCCCAGUACAAUUAUGCAAGGUCAAAUUCAUGCGGCAUUUGAAAGUUAUAUUAUGGAACAAACAUAUGAUGUAGUAUUUUUUAAGAUUACUCAAGUAGUACUAUCGCGUGAUUUACAUCUAUCUGAAGUUAUUGAACAAGUCAAACAUGUUGAUGUCACGCAAUUAGGUCUUCCUUCUAACGCACUCGGUGAUGCUCGACUACGUGUGCAACGUGCUGUAGUUAUCUUUCAGAACAUUGGAACUUAUAGAACACCUUUUGAAAAGCUUGACUGUAUUCUCUCAACCAUACGUGCAUUAUCAUCUUCAACUGCUUCAGCAAUAGAAACAACAACGACAUCAGAUUCUUUGGAUACCAGCGAUACAUUGGUGCCUUUACUUUUACUCACAGUGAUACAAAGUCGGGUGCCUCAUUUGAACGCUCAUUGGACUUAUAUGAAAGAAUAUACUUUUGAACGUGAUGUCAUUGGUGGAAAAUAUGGAUUUUCUCUUAGUACUUUGGAAGGAGUAUUGGUCUAUAUCUCUGAAUCUGCCAUAUCGCAAUUAGCUACAGUCUCAUAUCAUAACCAGCAACUUUGGCGGUGCUUGAAAAACACAACAUUAUUAUCAGCAGGACAAGAUAGACAACAUUUGGAAAUGCUUUAUGCUCGAUGUCAUACAUCUAAUAAUAAUUAUACACAGGGCAAAGUGAUUCGGGACUCUCAAGGUAAUACACCUCUCUUAUUGGCAUGUCGAUCGGGUCUUCUGGAUUAUGUCCCUUUUUUGGCAUCUUUUGAAUCUGUGACAGAUACGAUCAACGAUAACGGAGAAACGACCUUGAUGAUGGCGGUGAUAUCUGGAUCUAUGGCUUUGGUGGAAUAUUUAUUGACACAAUAUGAAUGGACUACUGAUAAGCUGAAUGCAAGGAUAGAGAACUCUGGGAAUGUACACUCUUCUUCUUCUUCUAGCGUAACUGGUCGUACGGCACUACAUUUAGCAGCAUGUCAACAGAAUGGUUCAGCAAGUAAAAUUCUUGAUCUAUUGGUACAAGCUGGAGUUAAUUGUGAUAUAGUAGACGAACAACAAAAUGGACCAUUACAUCUAGCGUGUAUGACGCAUCCAUCACAUCUCACUACGACAACAACACCCUUGAUCUAUUUAUUACAUCAUCUUCCUUCAUCAGCUAGACGACAACCAAAUAGGAUGGGUCAGACCUUCUUUCAUCUUUGCCAAGAUCAGGAUCUUUUAGAAGAAUAUCAAAACGAACUAGUGGAUACCUUGGAUAGUCGUGGUCGAUCUCCUUGGUUGACAUGGGCGGCAAUGGGUAGAUUCAAGAUUAUGUUUUCCUUGAUGGAUCAUUAUGAAGUGGAUCAAUUUCGGUUGGAUUAUCAAGGGCGAUCAGGACUUCAUUAUAUGGCAGAGCAACUCCAUUUAUACGAACAACAACAACAACGGGAUGAUGAACAAUUUAUGACAAUCGAACAUGCAGUUUAUUCUUUACGGGACUUGGUUCAUGUUCGUGACAGACUAGCGGGCAAUACCGCAUUACACCUUGUAUCAUUAGCGACAAAAAACACAACUCAACGAACGUCACGCAAGACAUACCAAGUAUUUAUCACCAGUCUUUUAGAAUGUGGAGCAGAUAUACAUGCAAUCAAUGAUGCAGGAGCUCGACCCAUUGAUCUAUGUGAUAAAGCAUAUUUAUAUAUUUUUGAAUCGUGGUGUUUGAAGAUCAAGCCAAAAGCAUUAUCUGAUGAAACCAACAAGAUGCAUCAACCAUGGGCAGUGACACGUGUUUUGAUGGACCCUGUUCGUUAUAUUAUCAAGAGUGGAAAGUGGGUGGAACCAACAGAAACUAUGAUAAUGACAACUGUGGAAAGAACUUGGGAUGAUUUUGUAUUUUUACGUCAAGAAUUAUUACAUGAAAUUCCUGAAUCCUUUCUUCCAACAUUAAACGAAGGAAUGCUGAUAGAUCCUUGUGUUUUCGAUCUUGCCCCACCACCUUUAACUCUGUUACAGAAAAGUGUACGACAGUUGGAUCAAUUUAUGGAUACUUUACAACGACAUCCUACGUUACGACAACAUGAUCAAGUUCGUGGUUUUGUACGUACUAGUUAUUUGAAUAAAGCGGCGAUUCAGGAUAGAUCUUACUCAAAACGGAACUUGAUGAUUGAAAAACUGGGUGCUAGUCUUCCUUCUAAUUCACCAGUGGAAGAUUUUGAUGAAGUGUAUUUUUUAACUUAUAGUCAAGGGAUGAUUCGACCUUUACGUGAUGCAUUAUCAAAUAUGGUUCAACAAUCUCAACAUUUACUACAAUGUCAACAAGGAUUUCAAGAUACAUUGGAUCAAGUGACACAAGCAUACGAAAAAUUGACAUGGAUAGGAAAUCAUCAUCAAGAGGCGAUCAAAAUUUGUACUAACCUAGCAAGUAACACAACGUAUGUCUUUCCUUUCACAUCAUUGGUGGAUAGUUUGGAAACAAUGAAUGAUACAAGCCACGGUGUAUUGAUUGCACUGGAAUAUCCUUUUACGUUGUUGAAAAGAAAAGCAGAAUUGGUCCAACAAUUGGAAAAACAACGUGAUUCUUUACAAAAGGGCAAGCAUCCGCCUUGGAAUGGGUUAUUCUCUAGUAUGGAACAAACGAAGCAAGUGGAACGUGAAAAAGAAAACAUUGCAAAGACACUUUCAACUCUUAGUACUAGUACAAAUCAAAUUAAUCAAUCUCAUCAAAUGGUAUCCGAUGAACUGGCUCAUUAUCAAAGAGUACAUCCUGAUGAUAUGUUGAAAUCUAUUCGAAGUUUUGCUCGUCAACAAUUGAAAAUGGAAAAAUUGAAAUUACGGUGGUUAACUCAAACUUGGUUGAAUGUGAAUACUGAAUGUACAACAAACCGAUGAUUACCAAUUUAGUGAUAAAACCGGUUCGAUGAUGUUUUGGGGUAUAUCAUGGUUGGCAUAUUAUUCCUUGUGGUGACUCAGGCGUAACCAUAGUUAUUCUCUCUUUGUGUGUGAUACGCGGCGGUGGUGUUUUCCC